GCCGCGAGGGCGCGCUGCUGGCUGGGCCGCUCGGUGGGUGGCUGCGGAGUCGGAGGCCCGGCCAGACCGCAAGUGCCGGUCGCCGUCGCGGCUGCUCUCGCAGGACCGAGGCGCGGGAACUGCUCCAGCCGCAGCCCCAGCCGGCGCGCCUCUUUCCCGUCAUCGUCCCUGCACACCCCCGGCGGAGCCCUCAGGCCGUCCGCGGAGCGGGAGCCCGACCAUGUCGCGCAGGCGGCACAGCGACGAGAACGACGGAGGGCAGCCUCACAAGAGAAGGAGAACAUCACAUUCAUUAAAGAUUGAAGAUCGUCUUGAAUCCUUAAUAUGUAGAGUGGGAGAAAAGAAUACUUCUUCUUUGGAGAGUAACUUGGAAGGCCUGGCUGGAGUUCUGGAAGCAGAUCUGCCAAACUACAAAAGCAAGAUACUAAGACUCCUUUGUACAGUUGCACGCUUGUUACCAGAAAAGCUGACUGUUUACACAACUCUGGUUGGAUUGCUGAAUGCCAGAAACUACAAUUUUGGUGGAGAGUUUAUAGAAGCCAUGAUACGUCAACUCAAAGAAUGCUUGAAAGUCAACAUGUACAAUGAAGCUGUGCAUUUAGUCCGUUUCCUGUCUGAUCUUGUGAAUUGUCAUGUAAUAGCUGCACCUUCAAUGGUAGCUAUGUUUGAGAAUUUUGUUGCUGUGACUCAGGAGGAAGAUGUACCUCAGGUGCGAUGUGAUUGGUAUGUGUAUGCAUUUCUGUCAUCCUUACCUUGGGUGGGGAAGGAGUUAUACGAGAAGAAGGAUGCUGAAAUGGACCGCAUCUUGGCCAGUGUUGAAAACUAUUUGAAACGGCGUCAGAAGAUUCACGUGCCCAUGUUGCAGGUUUGGUCCGCUGAUAAACCACAUCCACAAGAAGAGUAUUUAGAUUGCCUUUGGGCUCAGAUUCAGAAGCUGAAAAAAGAUUGCUGGCAAGAAAGGCACAUCCCAAGGCCAUACCUGGCAUUUGACAAUGUGCUCUGUGAAGCACUUCAGCACAAUCUGCCUCCUUUUACCCCACCACCUCACACUGAAGAUUCAAGUUACCCAGUGCCAAGAGUUAUCUUCAGAAUGUUUGACUACACCGAUGAUCCUGAGGGUCCUGUUAUGCCUGGCAGUCAUUCCGUUGAGAGAUUUGUGAUAGAAGAAAAUCUUCAUUGCAUCAUCAAAUCUCACUGGAAGGAAAGGAAAACAUGUGCUGCCCAGUUACUGAGCUACCCAGGAAAUAACAAGAUCCCUCUGAACUACCACAUAGUUGAGGUUAUCUUUUCUGAGCUCUUCCAGCUUCCUUUUCCACCCCACACUGAAGUCAUGUACACAACACUUUUUAUUGAGCUUUGUAAACUUCAGCCUGGCUCUUUACCCCAAGUUCUUGCACAAGCCACAGAAAUGCUGUUCAUGCGCUUGGAUACGAUGAAUACGAUUUGUAUAGACAGGUUCAUUAAUUGGUUUUCCCACCAUCUAAGUAACUUUCAAUUCCGUUGGAGCUGGGAAGAUUGGUCAGAUUGUCUUUCUGAGGACCUUGACAAGCCCAGACCGAAAUUUGUUAGAGAAGUACUGGAAAAAAGCAUGAGGCUCUCCUACCAUCAGCAAAUAAUUGAUAUUAUUCCUGCUGUUUUUUCAGCCUUAACUCCUGCAAAUCCAGCAUGUAUUUAUAAAUAUGGAGAUGAAAGUAACAAGUCUCUUCCAGGAUACAAUGUUGCACUCUGUUUAAACAUUGCUAUUAAAAACAAAGCAGGGAAUGAUGAAAUCCUCACUAUUCUGAAGGAUGUGCCCAAUCCUAACCAGGAUGAUGAUGAUGAUGAAGGCUUCUCCUUCAAUCCUUUAAAAAUAGAGGUAUUUGUCCAGACACUGCUGCAUUUAGCUUCAAAGUCAUUCAGUCACUCCUUCAGUGCUUUGGGAAAAUUUCGUGAAGUCUUCAAAACCCUGGCAGAGAGUGAUGAAGGGAAGCUCCAUGUCCUCCGAGUUAUGUACGACGUAUGGAAGAAUCAUCCACAGAUGAUUGCUGUGCUGGUGGAUAAGAUGAUCCGCACACAGAUUGUGGAUUGUGCUGCAGUAGCCAACUGGAUUUUCUCCUCAGAGCUGGCUCAUGAUUUUACAAGGUUUUAUAUCUGGGAAAUUUUACAUUCAACAAUUCGUAAAAUGAACAAGCAUGUGGCAAUGAUCCAAAAGGAGCUAGAAGAGGCCAAAGCAAGAUUAGCCAAGCAACACAAACGGCGAAACAGUGAUGACGAUGACGACGAUGAUGAUCGAAGCAGUGAUCAGGAAGAUGGCCCUCUGAAAGAACAGAUAGAGCGCCUGCAAGAAAAAGUUGAAUCAGCUCAGAGCGAACAGAAAAACCUUUUUCUUGUAAUAUUCCAGCGUUUCAUUAUGAUCCUAACAGAGCACCUGGUCCGAUGUGAAACAGGAGGGAUUGAUGUAAUUACACCUUGGUACAAAAACUGUAUAGAGAGACUGCAACAGAUCUUCUUACAGCACCAUCAGAUCAUCCAGCAGUACAUGGUGACCUUGGAGAACCUUCUGUUCACAGCAGAAUUGGACCAUCACAUAUUGGCUGUAUUUCAGCAGUUCUGUGCACUGCAGGCCUGAGUGACUUCUUUGUAUAGGAUUGAAUUGACUUCAUCUUUUUAAACAAAAAUGGGAAAAUUUAACAAGGGAGGGGAAAGAACCUUUUAAUUUGAAAACGAGCUUACUGUGCUGUCCUAGAUAAGCUAUACAGUACUCAAAUGGGUUAACUUUUUUUUUUCUUUCUUUCUUUCUUUCUUUCUUUUUUUUUUUUUUUUGCAGUAGAGGCCUUACACUAGUUACGACUGCUAGGUGAUUGGGAUGGAAUAAUGUGUGGAUUUCUAAUUUUGAAAUGGUUUGAAUGUUGGCUUUGUCACAGCAUUUGUUUUCUCCCCCCUUCUUGUUUGUAUAAAAAUGGGGACUAAUAGGAUUGGUUACCUUUGUCUGGCUCUUCCAUAUGAACGGAUAUAAUAAUGUGAAGCAGGUCUCAAGACUUGUGAAUCUGACUAAGGAGCAGCUUUCUGGUGGGUAACAUUAAAUCCCUCAAUGAACAGACGUGUAGGACAUGUGAAAUGCUAAAUGGUCAAGCCUACAGAGUAGCCUAGAGUAUAUGUUUGUUAUAAAAAUUAAUUUUCAUGGUUGUAUGAAACCCAGUUGAAAUACAAUCAAAAUAUGUUUUUUAAA